AUGGGUUGGUUCGGAAUUGGCGGUCACGACACUCCAUCAUCGUCAGUGGAGGUCUCCGCGCAGCCAGUCGAUCUCAGCGCCGGUAUGAACUUUGCGGUGCCCGGAUUUGAUUCGCCAACGCCCGCACCAUCAUCGGUCCCGGAUCAUUCUCCGUUCCCGGCCGCUCCAGUCCUCGCCUUGGAUCAACUGAAAUCGGCGGGAGUCAAUGUAUCUCGACAAAUGACACCUUACGUGCAGAUGGAUCCGUCCAUGUUCGCCUCUCAGCAGCCACAAUACAUUAUGCCUGAAGGAGGUGUCGCCGGAAAGGGAAAAUUCGAAUUCGCACUCGGGCAUAUUGGAUGGGCAGUCGGUGGUGCAUUCGGUGUGGGUUGUGCUCGCGGAGCCGUCGGUGAGCUCCUGAACCCAGAAACUCGUAAAAUGGUUGGAAAACCAUGGAUGACGCGUAUGGUGAACGCGACGAUGAAGCACGGAUCAGGAUUCGCUCAACCCGCUGGAGCGAUCGUCUUCAUGUACUCAGCACUGGAAAUCGGACUUCGAUCGGUUCGAGCAGAGGACGAAUUGAAUGGAUUCGGAGCCGGAGCACUGACUGGAGCCAUCUAUCGAUCGCCUCAUGGACUGAAAGCGUCUGGAAUUGGAGCACUCGUCGGAUUGGGUAUUGCCACCGCGUGGACACUGUCGAGCACCGAUUCGAGACAACGACUCUCCGAAAUGUUCAAUAAUCAUUGA